CUUAGGCAAGGUCGGAGUGCACAAGCAGCCCGUCAUUGAUUUCGUUGGUCCCAAUAGACUGGUUUGAUAUGCCCAUUGUUCAGAGGACUCCAAAUGAGCCGCAUGUUCUAACUAUGCUAGUAUCAUUGCCAGUCUCCAGUAACCAAACCAAUACGCCCACCCCAUUUGAAGCUUUUGACAUCAAAAUUGACAACCACCCCAGAAUGAUCUGGAAAUAUCAACAGCCAAGCCCCCAACGUACCAGGGCAGAGCGUGCAUCACACCACCCCCAUCUCCACAUCGACUGUCGACAUGGUUGGGUACCCCAGACUCUGCCACGUUUUCCAAGACUGUUUAGCCCUGCCAAGAACAUGCACCGAACCCACCCCUGUUGUGGACAGAAAGGUACCACUCACAACUUCAUCUUGCUCUCUCAAGGCGCCCGACCGACAUCGAAACAACAGGUAGGUAUGGAGACAUGAUCGAUAUGUCCCUGAUAAGAGAUACUUAAUAGGUUCUUUAAUGGCUCAAGAUGCAUAGCAAAGCACCUCAGCAAUCCUAUUUUUUUGUUCACGAUGUGACCCCCGAAGGUGUGCUACACCGCAAACCGGCAACCGGCUGCCGGGGUUAGGUCCCGCACCACCACCCGAGCCUCCCGAUAGGCUCGGCUUGACCUACCGAGAUUGGCGGCCGAAACUGAUACACCCCAUGCCAUCAUCGUGGGAAAAUCCACUGUUUGGUCCCCUAAUUUGGUAAAGACCUUCCCCUAUCUUGGGGGUCAGCUCCACGAGAGGUGACACUGGAGUGGCAUACAUAAUGCGUGCCAUUCCCGGUUCACCGUGUCGAGGCAGGCUGGAGAUAGUCCUUCCGUCUGUACACCACCCACACUCCUUUGAAACAGCUUUGCCCAUUCACAGUCACUCCUUUAUCUGUUUUUCUCACAAUUUUUGGUUGUAAACAUGCGGUUACUCCGCAACGACGUCGUCGCAGCCGUGUUGCUCUUGGCGCCCUUUUCGUUGGCUGCCCCUACCGAGUAUAGCAAGAAGCUGCCUCAGUUCGCUACCAUCAUCAACCGUCGCCAGCUCAAUGCCAACAACGCUACCUAUGAUUUCAUCAUCGCGGGUGGCGGUAUUGCUGGCCUGACCCUUGCCGACCGCCUGACUGAGGACCCGAAUGUCAAGGUCCUCGUCAUUGAGGCUGGGCCCAUCGACCCCGGUCUUGAGGGUAUCCAGGUGCCUGGCUCAUUCUCGCCUUGGUAUUAUUUCUGGCCGAAUCUCUUGACCGUCCCUCAGACAGCUCUGAACAACAGAGUGAUCGGGACAGUCAGCGGUCAGGUCCUUGGUGGUGGAAGUGCGAUCAAUGCCAUGGUCUAUGUGAGAGGUGACGCAGACGAUUACGACGCCUGGGGUUUCAUGCAGCGCCGUGGCAACUCUUCGUUUUACGGCAACUCUUCAGUGAGCUCGAGCAUGAGCUGGAACACUAUGCUGCCUUACUUCCUGAAGAGCGAGAACUUCACAGCACCCAAUGCUGCUUAUGCUCUGGAGGCCAACAUCACUUGGAACCCCGCUGUUCGAGGUACCUCGGGCCCUCUCAAGUACACCUACCCUCCUUACUAUUUCCCCGGCGCCGCCAACUGGUGGAAUGCCGCGCAGUCGGUGGGACUUCCUCCCGUCGAUGACCCUCUGUCUGGAAUCAAGAAUGGUAUUUUCCCCAUUCCGUCAGUACUCGAUGCGGAUACCAUGACCAGGAAUUACGCCAAGAUCAACCACCAUGACAGGGUCAAGCAAGCCCGUCCUAACUACCACAUCCUCGCUGGCAACAUUGUCGGCAAGGUCCUUUUCGAUCCUAGCUGCAAGAAGGCCAUCGGCGUGGAGUAUCUCCCUACCAGCGGCGGGGCGGCCACCAACGUCUUUACCUCCAAGGAAGUCAUCCUUGCUGCCGGCGGCAUCAACACUCCCAAGAUCUUACAGCUUUCUGGCAUCGGCCCCAAGAAGCUCCUCGACAAGUUCGGCAUCAAGAUGGUCUCCAACCUGCCCGGUGUAGGCCAGAAUCUCCAGGAUCAGCCCACUCUCACCGUCCCUUACACCUUUACAAACAACCUCACCCCCAACUCGGGUUCUCUUAUGGCCAAUGCCACCUACAAUGCCGAGCAGCGUGCUCUUUACGAUACUGAGCGCAAGGGUGCAUACACCAUCAUCAGCUCUCUCUCCACCAACAUCGGCCAACUCUCCCUCAAGCAGGCAACCUCCGACUACCAGGCCAUCAUCGCCGCCGCCCGCGCCGCCAACCCUGCCGACUCUCUGCCCGCUGAUGUCGAUGCUACCGUUCUUGCCGGCUACCGGGUCCAGCGCGAGGCCAUCCUCAACCAGUUUGGGGGCGACGUCGGCGUUGGAAAUCUUCACUGGGGCACCUCUGACAACGCGCUCGUCUACCAUCUCAAGCCCCUCAGUCGCGGCACCGUCGAGAUUGUCACCACCGACCCUCUCGUCAACCCCGCCAUUGACCACCGCACAGCCACCGACCCUAUCGACUUUGUCGUCUACACUGCCCUCUUCCGCAAGAACAGGGAGCUGUUUGCCGCCCCUGACAUGCAGGUUCUCGGCCCUGCCGAGGGCGCCCCUUUUGCCGCUGCCACGACUAACGAGGAGAUCAUCGAGGUUAUGCGUGGCCAGAUCAACCCCUCGAAUGCUCACCAGUGCUGCACUGCCGCCAUGUUGCCCAAGUCCCUCGGCGGUGUUGUCAACAGCGAGCAGAAGGUUUACGGCGUCUCGCGUCUCAGAGUCGCUGACAUUUCGUUCUGGCCCAUGCAGACUGCUGGUUCUCCUCUGGGGACCAUGUAUGCGGCCGGUGAGAGGCUUGCUGACAUGAUCAAGGCCGAGUAUGGUCUUGCGUAAGUUGUCCUUGUGUAAAAGUAGUGGGAAGGGAGAUUUUUUGUACAUCAAGCUAUAGAAAUGAAUAGAUCGUAAACCAGCCCGUCGUUUUCCAACCCCG